AGCACACAUGACAAGCCCCAUCAUGACCUCGUGGCACGACCUCCUCGGUCCUCGCUUGCGCUUGAGUGGCGGCAAGGAGGUUCCGACAGCAGACCAUCUCGCGACCACGUCGGUCGUCGGCCUCUACUUUAGCGCUCACUGGUGCGGCCCGUGCCGCGAGUUUACGCCAACGCUCUCGACGCUCUACGACGACAUUUUGGAGGCGCACCCCGACUUCGACGUGGUCUUUGUCUCGAGCGACAAAGCCGAGGACGAGUUUUGCCUCUACCACGACGAGAUGCCGUUUCCGGCCUUGCCGUGGGUCGACCGGACGCGCCAAGCGGCGUUGCGCGAGCACUUUCACAUCCGGUUCUUACCCGCGCUCGUCAUUUUGAACACCGUUGACGGCAGCCACGCUAUUGUGCGCAACGCGUGCGAUGGCCGCCGACUCUUUGUGUCGGCGAACGGCAAUGUCGACAAGAUCUGGGACACGGUGCGCUACGGCCCGCCGUCGCUCGCUGCGUAGCGCGGUGGCAGCGACUGCGUGCGAAUGAUAUCGUUUCUUGACGAGGUUAGGUCGUACUAGUAGUGCAAUUGUAGUAAUAGAUCGUUAAAGUGUAUAUUCUACACUCUAUUUUAUGUUGAAAAGAGGGCAA